AUGCAAUUUUUAGGUCUUUCCAUUGUGCUAGCUGUUUUUACCCAGCUGAUCUGUGGUUUACAUUUUGACAUUCCAUCUAACCAUCACUCCGAAUUAGUUUGUGUUCGUGAUUUCGUUCAACAAGGUCAAUUAGUAGUUAUCAAUCUCUUCUCUGAUGGUUCUGUCGGUGAUGGUCAAAUGUUAAACUUGUACGUCCGUGACUCCGUUGGAAAUGAAUACCGUAAUAAGAGAGAUAUUGCAGGUGAUAUUAAUGUUGCUUUAACUGCUCAAGCUACAACUUCUUUAGAUAUCUGUCUAGAGAAUUUAGCUCAAAUUAAAGGUGCCGCUAUGAGUAGAUCUGUCGAAUUAGAUAUUGAGACUGGUUCUGAAGCUCGUGAUUGGAAUUUAAUUAGUGCUAAUGACAAAUUAAAACCAAUUGAAUUAGAAUUACGUAAAAUCGAAGAAUUAACAGAUGAAAUUGCUGAUGAAUUAGUUUAUUUGAAAAAUAGAGAAGAAAGAUUAAGAGAUACCAAUGAAUCUACAAAUUCUAGAGUCACUAAAUUUUCUCUUUUGAUUAUCAUUGUUCUGGGUUGUCUAGGUGUCUUCCAAUUAAAUUAUUUGAGAGAUUUCUUCAAGUCUAAGAAUAUCAUUUAG